GUGCUCCCCAAUAUGGCCGCGGCCACAGACGCGACGAAGCACAGCUACACACUCUGAUGUGUACAGGCCUACUACACACCGUGCUACUGUGACAGAAACGAACACAGCAAAUGGACAACUACUCAUUUGCCUUUGCUGGCCCAAGCUUUAGGAACAAAGCCCGUUCUUUCAUGUCCCAAUUUUCGGACUCUUUCAGCGCUUUUUCCAAGUACAUCGCGCCAUCCUACCAUCAUGACCGAUGUGAGAGAUCUGUACAGAUGCGGUUAUAUUCCCUGAACAAGAGGCAGUUUGUCCUGGUGUUUGUCACAUUUUUUGUCUGCUUUUUGAUCAGUGUUCUUGUGGGGAUUGCAGGUCCUCACAUUAUAGACUCUACAACAGUGAAUGGAAGUUCAGCCAUCAAAGAGCCACAGAACAAGCAGACUGGUCCAUUCAUCCUGCACUCCCCUCCCAUGUCAACCUUCCACCAGCAGCUGUGGCUGAUAGCAGAUGUUGCCAUCUCCGAGGGGAUAGGGUCCAAGUUUGAGCAGGAUUUGAACAUGGGGAUUCUGAUCCGUGGGGCCAAUGGGGAUGCCCAGAGCAUUGAGGAAUCUGUCACCAACCCAAGCCUCAGUUCAGAGAUGCACAAUAGGACUCGCAAGCUCAAGUGUAGUGGGACUGCCUGUGACAGCCUUAUAGUAAUGCACCUUGGGUACCUGGAUUUUGCAUAUUACUACAUUACUGUUGUGUUUUAUGAUUUGGACAUCAAUAAGUUGUCCAUCAAAAGUGUCAGGUUUACAUUUAAAACCUACAACCCAUCAUUCACUCAAAUAGAGAUUUGGAUUAGAUUUGUCUUUUUGGUGCUGACAUUUUUUACUACAUGCUGGUAUGCCCACAGUUUAAGAAAGUUUUCAAUACGUGAUUGGUCUAUAGAACAAAAGUGGAUGUCAUUAUUACUUCCCCUGCUUUUACUAUAUAAUGACCCAAUUUUCCCCCUGACAUUCCUGGUGAACAGCUGGCUGCCUGGGAUGCUGGACGGCUGGUUCCAGGCAUCAUUCCUUAGUGCCUUGCUCCUCUUCUGGUUGUGUAUCUACCACAGUGUCAGGCAGACUGACCGAAGGUUUGCUAAAUUUUACCUGCCCAAGAUUGUGAUUGUUGGCCUGGUGUGGCUGUGUGCUGUCACCCUGGCAUCCUGGCAGGAGUAUAACGAGCUACAGGACCCCACCUACUACUACAGGCUGGACACCACCAACUUUGAGGGUUUCAAGAUUGUGUUUUUUAUUGUUGGAGGAUUUUAUUUGUUGUAUCUGUUAUACCUGCUGAUACGGGCGUAUGCAGAGUUGCGACAGAUGCCAUAUUUUGAUUUGCGGCUGAAGUUUAUGACAGUUUUGAUGGUGAUAGUGGUGUCCAUCACCAUAGCCAUCACAGUGAUGAGGUUUGGGGGCGGUGUCCUGCAGGACAACUUUGUCUCAGAGCUGUCCACCAACUACCAGAACUCAGCUGAGUUUGUCUCAUUCUAUGGGCUGCUCAACUUCUAUUUAUACACCAUGGCUUUUGUCUAUUCCCCAUCUCCUAAUGCCCUGUUUGAAACCCACUUCAAAGAUAAUCCUGCGCUCUCUAUGUUAAAUGAUUCAGAUGAGGAAGUUCACUAUUCAUCAGACACUGAAGAAACCAGCCUGAGCCAGACUAGGAACACCCUGAUAGACAGUGAUGACGACAAUGGACGGUAGUACACAACAGUAACAUUAUUUUCAACACUUGCAGCUAAACUCAUAGCCAGCUCUCUAAUUGGAUCAUCUGUACUCACGAGGCCAAGUUCAAGGACACUCCAACUACCUGUUACUGUACUAGUGCUGGUUUCUUAUAUAAAAUUUAUUUUCAUGUACAAUGUUUAAAACUGUAGUUGUAAAAUCAUGCAAUAAUCCUGUACUAUUCUUUUAAUUUAUUGUGCUAUAGUAGUACUUAAUUUAAUUUGAUGGCUAUUUACUCUUUCAGUAGUCAAACAUAAUCAUUGUUCAUGUUAUUUUUAAAUUGUAAUUUGAGUACAAAUAACAAAUGCCCUAUCAGUCUAUAGCUGGCAGUUAAAAAAACUGCUAAAAAACAUUUUUUUUGUAGUUGGACGAGGGUUCUCUCCCAUGGUUAAUAUUUUAUCUCAAGCGGGAUUGUUUAUUUAUGUCAGUGGCUUCCCUUUGAUCUUGCAUUAUAAAAUUAUUUUUUUCUUAGCCUGUCUCAGGGUCUGACCACCAGCUAUGUUUUCUUUGAUCCCAGAAGUCUCAACGACUGGUAUCUUGUAGUGGCAACUUACACCUUCAAUUGUAAAUAAUGGUCCUUUUUUUUUAACAUUUAGUUUUUAAUUUGUACACCCCAUAAUUUUUUAUACAGAUCUAUUCUGGCUGUGAAAUGAUUACAAUUUGAAAUUCCCUGAUUCAAAAGAUCUGCACAAGUUUUAUUUCAUUUAUUGUUCAAGUAUUUACGAUGGUCGGUCGUG